UUUAUUUGUGAUGUCCCUACCAGAUUUCGACAAGGGCGGCAGGGAGGAAUUCCAUACCCUCACGGCCUUUUCUGAUUCAGCAUCAGAACCCGCUGAUCUGGAGGAUUAUUUGGACACUCUUUGGAGAGUUCGAGAGUUUUUCAGGAUUUACCCGGAGGAGGACCAAAAACUCAGGAGAGGGAGGUUUAUGAAACGUAUCUGGGUGCCGGAUAAUCUUGAUGGGGAAAUCGCAGGGGAAGAUGCGGCUUGCGGUGAUGAUACCCCGCAUUCCGGUACCGGCUCGGAGGAGAAAAUCUGCAGGAAAGAGGAAUGGGCCCAACGAGGCCCUCCACUCCCUGCAGUGAUUCGCCUACUAAAGUACAACGCCGCCCUUCAAUCCUUUUGCAUUCUAGGAGCAUUGAAUUCCACUCGAGGAUUUUUGAUUAAAUUCGGGGCUUGGAGACCAGCCCCCCAUAGAAGAGAUGAAGGGGAGGCCUGGUACCAUGAUGCCCGGUUGGCUAGAGAAAGCCACCCGAAACUCUACUCCCGCUCUCGGUGGUACCAGGAGUAUCGGUGGGACGAGGCUACCCAGCAGCACUUAUGUCGCGGCUUCUGGGCCAUGAAGGAUUUCGUUAACCUGACGGAGGUGAAAGAGGGGCGAGAAUCUACCCGACUUAUUCAGGGUAAAUGGCGCGGCAAGGAUAGCAACAUUUACUGGUAAGAGCUCAGGAUAAUUUCAGGCCUCGAACUACCUCCGGCAUUAAAAUUACGUACCUUAGGGGCAAAAGUGAAAAGUUAGGCGUCAAUAAGGGCCA